UAAAAAAAAAAGGAAUGAAGUCUGGCGCUGGAGGAGGGUCCCUGACCUUAUUCUGGGGGUUUCUGCUCUUCUUUGCCACACUUUGUCUGUGGCCAACAAAUGGAGAAAUUUGUGGGCCAAAUGUCGACAUUCGCAAUGAUAUCCAUGAGCUGAAGCGCUUAGAGAACUGCACGGUAAUUGAGGGUUUCCUCCAGAUUCUGCUGAUCUCCAAGGCAGAGGACUACCGCAACUUCCGCUUCCCAAAGCUCACAGUUAUCACCGACUACUUGCUGCUGUUCCGCGUGGCAGGCUUAGAGAGCCUCAGCGAUCUCUUUCCCAACCUCACGGUCAUUCGCGGGCGGAACCUCUUCUACAACUAUGCCCUGGUUAUCUUUGAGAUGACUAACCUCAAAGAAAUUGGGCUUUAUAAUCUGAGGAACAUCACCCGAGGGGCCAUCCGGAUUGAGAAAAACUCGGACCUGUGUUACCUCUCCACGGUGGACUGGUCUCUGAUACUAGAUGCAGUGUCCAACAACUACAUAGUUGGGAAUAAACCUCCAAAGGAGUGUGGGGACUUGUGUCCAGGGACGAUGGAAGAGAAGCCAUUGUGUGAGAAGACCUCCAUUAACAAUGAGUACAACUACCGCUGCUGGACCACCAACCACUGCCAGAAAAUGUGCCCCAGCGCUUGUGGCAAACGGGCUUGCACAGACCAAAAUGAAUGUUGCCAUCCCGAGUGCUUGGGGAGCUGCACUGCACCCGACAACAACACGGUUUGUGUGGCCUGCCGCAAUUAUUACUACGAAGGAAUCUGCGUACCCACCUGCCCACCGAACACCUACAAGUUUGAAGGCUGGCGCUGCGUUACUAAAGACUUCUGUUCCAAAGUCCCUGCUACAGAGAUAAGUGACUAUGAGAAGUUUGUGAUCCACAAUGAUGAGUGCAUGGCAGAGUGCCCUUCUGGAUUCAUACGCAACGGGAGCCAAAGCAUGUUCUGCAGCCCCUGCGAAGGGCCUUGCCCAAAAAUCUGUGAGGAAGAGAAAACAAAGACCAUUGAUUCUGUCACAUCAGCACAAAUGUUGCAGGGAUGCACCGUCCUCAAGGGGAAUCUGCUUAUUAACAUCCGCCGUGGGAACAAUAUUGCUUCUGAGCUGGAGAAUUUUAUGGGUCUGAUAGAAACAGUAACUGGGUAUGUGAAGAUUCGCCAUUCCCAUGCGCUAGUCUCCCUCUCUUUCUUGAAGAAUCUGCGAUAUAUUUUGGGAGAGGAACAGUUGGAUGGGAAUUAUUCUUUCUAUGUGCUGGACAACCAGAAUCUGCAACAGCUGUGGGACUGGAACCACCACAACCUGACGAUCAAAGAGGGGAAAAUGUACUUUGCGUUUAAUCCCAAACUGUGUGUGUCUGAGAUUUACCGCAUGGAGGACGUGUCGGGAACCAAGGGACGGCAGAGUAAAGGAGAUAUAAAUCCAAGAAACAAUGGGGAGAGAGCCUCUUGCGAAAGCCACAUUCUGAAUUUUGUCUCCAACACCACCCUGAAGAACCGGAUUAAGCUCACCUGGGAGCGGUAUCGUCCUCCAGAUUACAGAGAUCUUAUUAGCUUCACUGUUUACUACAAAGAGGCACCAUUCAAGAACGUGACAGAGUAUGAUGGGCAAGAUGCUUGUGGUUCUAAUAGCUGGAACAUGGUGGAUGUUGAUCUGCCCCCAAACAAAGAGAACAACCCCGGGAUUUUACUGCAGGGACUGAAACCUUGGACUCAAUAUGCCAUUUAUGUCAAGGCUGUUACUCUUACAAUGAUGGAGAAUCAUCACAUCCAUGGAGCAAAGAGUGAAAUAGUCUAUAUACGCACCAAUGCUGCAGUGCCAUCUAUCCCACUGGAUGUUAUUUCAGCCUCUAAUGCCUCUUCUCAGCUAAUAGUGAAAUGGAAUCCACCCUCUCUCCCCAAUGGCAACCUGUCCUACUAUAUUGUACGGUGGCAGCAGCAGCCUCAGGACAGUUAUCUUUACCGACAUAACUACUGCUCCAAAGAUAAAGUCCCAAUUCGGAGAUAUGCUGAUGGGACCAUUGAUACAGAAGAAGCUACCGAACCCACCAAGCCAGAAGGGAGUGGGGGAGAAAAAGGACCUUGUUGUGCUUGCCCCAAGACAGAGGCAGAGAAGCAGGCUGAGAAGGAGGAGGCAGAGUACCGGAAAGUCUUUGAGAACUUCCUGCAUAACUCCAUCUUUGUGCCCAGACCGGACCGGAAGCGCAGGGAUGUGUUCCGAAUCGCAAACACCACUGUUGCCAGUAGGAACAAGAACACAACGGUGCCAGAUCACUUCGCCAAUGUGUCUGAUGUGGAGGAGAGCGAGAUGGAAUAUCCAUUCUAUGAGAGCAAAGUGGAGGGCCGGGAGAGGACGCUCAUCUCGCACCUCCAGCCUUUUACUCUUUACCGUAUUGAUAUUCACAGCUGCAACCAUGAAGCAGACACACUUGGGUGCAGUGCUUCCAACUUUGUCUUUGCAAGAACCAUGCCUGCAGAAGGAGCAGAUAACAUUCCAGGAACAGUAACGUGGGAAGGCAAAGAAGAUAAUGCCAUCUAUCUGAAGUGGUCAGAACCUGUAAGCCCUAAUGGAUUGAUACUGAUGUAUGAAAUCAAAUAUGGGCAGCAUGGAGAGGAGAAACGGGAAUGUGUUUCUAGACAGGAAUACAGGAAGUUUGGAGGAGCCAAACUAACUCAUCUAAACCCUGGAAACUAUUCUGCCAGAGUUCAGGCCACCUCUCUAGCUGGAAAUGGAUCAUGGACUGAACCAGUGUCUUUCUAUGUACAACCCAAACCGGCAGACUAUGGGAAUUUCCUGCACUUGAUAAUUGUGCUCCCCAUUGCAGUGCUGCUGAUCAUUGGAGGUUUGGUAAUAAUGCUGUACGUCUUUAACAAAAAGAGGAACAGUGACCGACUAGGCAAUGGAGUGCUUUAUGCUUCUGUGAACCCUGAGUACUUCAGUGCUUCUGAUGUAUACGUUCCGGAUGAGUGGGAAGUGCCCCGGGAGAAGAUCACCAUGUGCCGGGAGCUCGGGCAGGGCUCCUUUGGAAUGGUUUACGAGGGAAUAGCUAAGGGAGUGGUGAAGGACGAGCCAGAAACUAGAGUGGCCAUCAAAACUGUCAAUGAGUCUGCAAGCAUGCGUGAACGGAUAGAGUUCCUAAACGAGGCCUCAGUCAUGAAGGAGUUCAAUUGUCAUCAUGUGGUGCGGCUGCUUGGAGUCGUCUCGCAAGGCCAACCAACACUGGUUAUCAUGGAGCUCAUGACACGCGGGGAUCUCAAGAGUUAUCUGAGAUCUCUGCGGCCGGACACAGAGAAUAACCCAGGCCAGUCUCCUCCAACUCUGAAGAAGAUGAUUCAGAUGGCAGGAGAGAUUGCUGACGGCAUGGCAUACCUCAACGCCAACAAAUUUGUGCACAGGGAUCUCGCUGCAAGGAAUUGCAUGGUGGCUGAAGAUUUCACUGUAAAAAUUGGAGAUUUUGGCAUGACCAGAGAUAUCUACGAGACAGAUUACUAUCGGAAAGGAGGGAAAGGUUUGCUUCCUGUGCGCUGGAUGUCCCCAGAGUCACUGAAGGAUGGAGUCUUCACAACACAUUCAGACGUCUGGUCCUUUGGUGUUGUCCUAUGGGAAAUUGCAACAUUAGCAGAGCAGCCAUACCAAGGCAUGUCCAACGAGCAAGUUCUUCGCUUCGUGAUGGAGGGAGGCUUAUUGGAGAAACCAGACAACUGUCCGGAUAUGCUGUUUGAGUUGAUGCGGAUGUGCUGGCAGUACAACCCCAAGAUGAGGCCCUCCUUCCUGGAAAUAAUCGGUAGCAUUAAGGAUGAGCUGCAUCCAGCAUUCAAAGAGGUCUCCUUCUUCUACAGCGAAGAGAACAAGCCUCCAGACACCGAGGAACUCGAUCUGGAGACUGAAAACAUGGAGAGCAUUCCUUUAGAUCCCUCCUCCACCCUCCAACCCACUGACAAGCACUCAGGACACAAAGCUGAGAACGGCCCAGGCGUGGUGGUGCUGCGGGCCAGCUUUGAGGAGAGACAGCCGUACGCGCAUAUGAACGGAGGACGCAAGAACGAACGGGCCUUACCUUUGCCCCAGUCUUCGGCCUGCUGAUCCUUAAAACCCAGAAUCUCACAAACACACACAUGUUGGGGAAGAAAGACAGAAAAGAAAAUAUAUUCAAAAGCCUACUGUACCUCAGUGGAUCUUCAGAACUGCCAUAGCUGCACACGGGAGAAUCCUCUUUUCAGUAAACACGAUAGUUUUUUCUUUGUUCAAUAUGCAAGCAGAUGUUUAUUUCAUAAAGGACUCUGUUCAGUGGGGCGCACAGUCAGCCUUUUAAAACUCUAAUGUUAACACUUAAUAGCAACAGAAAACUUGAGAUCUGAUGUCUCUCUCUUCUCUCUCUCUCUCUCUCUCUCUCUCUUUUUCUUUCUGCUUCAUAAUGGGAAACAUAUCUGCGUGCAAGUUCAACCAUACAGCACUUUUAUCAGAUCAAAGAAAUUGCAGGCCAGGUGGCUCCCCGUUAGCCCUUGCAACACCUGCUUAACACUGUAGGUCUUUAUAAAAACAGAAUUGAAAAAAAAAAAAAAAAAAAAAGGACUGGAUUUUUAAUGUUACUCUAACCUUUUUAGGAACAUGUAAAAGAAUUUAAAAAGGGCCAUCAUUCGUCCAAGGUUGUUACCAUUUUCAACGCUGCCAAAUUUUGCCAAAA